AUGAAGCUGAUAUGUGGUUCUUUUUUGGCAGUUGCCCUGCUUGGCUGUCUGAUUGACGCUCAAUAUUUCAAACAGCCCCAGCAGCCCCAGCAGCCUGAGCAGCCUCAACAGCCUCAGCAGCCUCAGCAGCCUCAGCAGCCUAAACAGCCACAGAGGCCUGAGCCGCCCCAACUGCCUAAGCAGCCUCAGCAGCCAGCGGCCCCCCCUAAAUGGAGCCCACCUCAGCAGCCCCAGCCGCCUCAGUGGCCUCAGCAGCCUCAGCAGCCUAAACAGCCACAGAGGCCUAAGCAGCCUCAGCAGCCAGCGGCCCCCCCUAAAUGGAACCCACCUCAGCAGCCUCAGCAGCCAGCAACUCCCCCUAAAUGGAGCCCACCUCAGCAGCCUCAGCAGCCUCAACAGCCCCAGAAUCACAUAGAAGCAGUUCAAUCUUGUGAACUUGCUGAGCAUCAAAAGAUACAGUGUGGAGCUCCUGACAUCUCUGCUGCACACUGUGAAGCGAUAAAAUGCUGCUUUGAUGGACGCCGGUGCUAUUAUGGAAAAUCUGUGACCCUUCAGUGCACCAAGGAUGGUCAAUUCAUUGUGGUGGUGGCCAAAGAUGCCACCCUACCCAACAUUGACUUAGAAACAGUUAAUUUCCUUGAAGUGGACGAAACCUGCAAUCCUGUUGGCACAACUUCAGACUUUGCCAUCUACCAAUUCCCUGUCACUGCCUGCGGCACUGUCAUGAUGGAGGAGCCUGGCGUUAUCAUCUAUGAGAACCGGAUGUCCUCCUAUUAUGAGGUUGCUAUUGGACCCAAUGGAGCCAUCACCAGGGACAGUCACUAUGAGCUGCUUGUCCAGUGUAGAUACAUUGGCACCUCAAUUGAGGCUCUAGUCAUUGAGGUUGGCCUGGUUCCUCCACCACCCCCAGUUGCAGCUCCAGGACCCCUGAGUGUGGAGCUAAGGCUGGCCAACGGACAGUGUUCAGUCAAGGGAUGUAAUGAAGAGGAGGAGGCCUUCAGCUCUUUUUACGUGGACUCUGACUACCCCGUCACGAAGGUACUCAGAGACCCUGUGUACGUAGAAGUUUGUAUACUGGAGAGGACUGAUCCCAACAUUGUAUUGACUCUUGGAAGAUGCUGGGCAACUGCCGACCCCUACUCUCAAAGUCUUCCUCAGUGGGACUUGCUGGUUGAUGGCUGCCCAUACCGUGACGACCGCUAUUUGACCUCUCUGGUCCCUGUGGACGCCUCAUCAGGACUCAUGUACCCAACCCACCACAGGCGUUUUGUUUUCAAGAUGUUCACGUUUGUAUCUGUUGGAGGUGCUGACCAAAAUGCUAUGACUCCUCUCAAGGAAAAGGUGUAUAUCCACUGUAAAGCAGCUGUGUGCCAACCGUCUGUCGGAGAUAAUUGUGAACCCAGGUGCUCAGAAACAAGGAGAGACGUUUCUGUCGUGAGAGGCUCGAGAGAUGAGACCAUAGUGGUUAGCAGUAAGGAGCUGGUCAUCAUUCAAUAACAACAUCCAGACAUUACAUUAUCAUGAUUUCUCUUUUCUUGAUGUAAAGUAAAAAGUCAUUGAGUUUCAA